ACUCUCUCUCCUCCCCCGGGCACAUCUCCUGAACGCAGUUCCGGGGGCCGAGGACGGGGUGGGGUGGGGGGCGAGGUUCGGGUCCGACGACCCCGGGCUGCGGUCCCCGCGCUGCAGAGCUGCCGCUGUGCACGCUUAGCCGCGAGGCCCGCGGCAGCCCGGGCGCGGAUAUGUAAAGCAGCUGGUAGCGCUGGGCGGGGCCUGGGAGCGAUGCAAAUGAGGAGGGCGGGGCUGGCCCGGGGCUCCGCCUCCCUCCCCCGCAGCUGGGGCCAGCGGUGCCAAGCGCAGCUGGACUAGCGGCAGCAGCUGGGCGAGUGACAGCCCCGGCUCCGCGCGCCGCGGCCGCCAGAGCCGGCGCAAGGGAAGCGCCAGCGGCCCCGGGUGCAGCAGCGGCCGCCGCCUCCCGCGCCUCCCCAGCCCGCAGCCCGCGGUCCCGCGGCCCCGGGGCCGGCACCUCUUGGGCUCCGGCUCCCCGCGCGCAAGAUGGCUGACCCGGCUACGGGGCCGCCGCCGAGCGAGGGCGAGGAGAGCACCGUGCGCUUCGCCCGCAAAGGCGCCCUCCGGCAGAAGAACGUGCAUGAGGUCAAGAACCACAAAUUCACCGCCCGCUUCUUCAAGCAGCCCACCUUCUGCAGCCACUGCACCGACUUCAUCUGGGGCUUCGGGAAGCAGGGAUUCCAGUGCCAAGUUUGCUGCUUUGUGGUGCACAAGCGGUGCCAUGAAUUUGUCACAUUCUCCUGCCCUGGCGCUGACAAGGGUCCAGCCUCUGAUGACCCCCGGAGCAAACACAAGUUUAAGAUCCACACGUACUCCAGCCCCACGUUUUGUGACCACUGUGGGUCACUGCUGUAUGGACUCAUCCACCAGGGGAUGAAAUGUGACACCUGCAUGAUGAAUGUGCACAAGCGCUGCGUGAUGAACGUUCCCAGCCUGUGUGGCACGGACCACACGGAACGCCGCGGCCGCAUCUACAUCCAGGCCCACAUCGACAGGGACGUCCUCAUUGUCCUCGUAAGAGAUGCUAAAAACCUUGUACCUAUGGACCCCAAUGGCCUGUCAGAUCCCUACGUAAAACUGAAACUGAUUCCUGAUCCCAAAAGUGAGAGCAAACAGAAGACCAAAACCAUCAAAUGCUCCCUCAACCCCGAGUGGAACGAGACAUUUAGAUUUCAGCUGAAAGAAUCGGACAAAGACAGAAGACUGUCAGUAGAGAUUUGGGAUUGGGAUUUGACCAGCAGGAAUGACUUCAUGGGAUCUUUGUCCUUUGGGAUUUCUGAACUUCAGAAAGCCAGUGUUGAUGGCUGGUUUAAGUUACUGAGCCAGGAGGAAGGCGAGUACUUCAAUGUGCCUGUGCCACCGGAAGGAAGUGAGGCCAAUGAAGAACUGCGGCAGAAAUUUGAGAGGGCCAAGAUCAGUCAGGGAACCAAGGUCCCGGAAGAAAAGACGACCAACACUGUCUCCAAAUUCGACAACAAUGGCAACAGAGACCGGAUGAAACUGACCGAUUUUAACUUCCUAAUGGUGCUGGGGAAAGGCAGCUUUGGCAAGGUCAUGCUUUCAGAACGAAAAGGCACAGAUGAGCUCUAUGCUGUGAAGAUCCUGAAGAAGGACGUUGUGAUCCAAGAUGAUGACGUGGAGUGCACUAUGGUGGAGAAGCGGGUGCUGGCCCUGCCCGGGAAGCCACCCUUCCUGACCCAGCUCCACUCCUGCUUCCAGACCAUGGACCGCCUGUACUUUGUGAUGGAGUACGUGAAUGGGGGCGACCUCAUGUAUCACAUCCAGCAAGUCGGCCGGUUCAAGGAGCCCCAUGCUGUAUUUUACGCUGCGGAAAUUGCCAUCGGUCUGUUCUUCUUACAGAGUAAGGGCAUCAUUUACCGUGACCUAAAACUUGACAACGUGAUGCUCGAUUCUGAGGGGCACAUCAAGAUUGCUGAUUUUGGCAUGUGUAAGGAAAACAUCUGGGAUGGGGUGACAACCAAGACAUUCUGUGGCACUCCAGACUACAUCGCCCCCGAGAUAAUUGCUUAUCAGCCCUAUGGGAAGUCCGUGGAUUGGUGGGCAUUUGGAGUCCUGCUGUAUGAAAUGUUGGCUGGGCAGGCACCCUUUGAAGGGGAGGAUGAAGAUGAACUCUUCCAAUCCAUCAUGGAACACAAUGUAGCCUAUCCCAAGUCUAUGUCCAAGGAAGCUGUGGCCAUCUGCAAAGGGCUGAUGACCAAACACCCAGGCAAACGUCUGGGUUGUGGACCUGAAGGCGAACGUGAUAUCAAAGAGCAUGCAUUUUUCCGGUAUAUUGAUUGGGAGAAACUUGAACGCAAAGAGAUCCAGCCCCCAUAUAAGCCAAAAGCUUGUGGGCGAAAUGCUGAAAACUUCGACCGAUUUUUCACCCGCCAUCCACCAGUCCUAACACCUCCCGACCAGGAAGUCAUCAGGAAUAUUGACCAAUCAGAAUUCGAAGGAUUUUCCUUUGUUAACUCUGAAUUUUUAAAACCCGAAGUCAAGAGCUAAGUAGAUGUGUAGAUCUCCGUCCUUCAUUUCUGUCAUUCAAGCUCAACGGCUAUUGUGGUGACAUUUUUAUGUUUUUCAUUGCCAAGUUGCAUCCAUGUUUGAUUUUCUGAUGAGACUAGAGUGACAGUGUUUCAGAACCCAAAUGUCCUCAGGUAGUUUGGAGCAUCUCUAUGAGAUGGGAUUAUGCAGAUGGCCUAUGGAAAAUGCAGCUGCAUAAUUAACACAUUAUCAAAGUCCUCUUACAAUUUAUUUUCCGCAGCAUGUCAGCUAAGUAGACCCAAUGGGGAGAGAAAAUGCCUGCUUUCUCUCCCUCUUUUUCUGCACUGCCAUAUUCACCCCCAACCAUCCAAUCUGUGGACAAUUGGAUGUUAGCAGUACUCUUCCACUUCCGGGCCUGAAGCUUGGCUUGUAUCCAAGUGUAUGGUUGCUUUGCCUAAGAGGAAUCCCUCUAUUUCACCUGUUCUGGAGGCACCAGACCUUGAAAAGAACGUGCUCAAAAUAAAAUGUUAUUUGUUAUUUUUGUCAACUCAAAGUUAAGAUAAUCAAAGUUCUCAAAUUCCAAGAAUGUGCUUUUAGACGGUCUCAAUCUAAAAGCACUUCAAGGGGUCAAAGGGCAACCAGCUUGGGUGCUACCUCAGUGUUGUAGUUUCUGAUACUUUAUGUCUUUGCUCACCCUCAUCCCCAAACUACUUGAAAAGGGCAUUUGGCACCACUCCCUGAAACAACACAGUCACUCUAGCAAGGCCCCCAAAGGGCCCUGGUUUUACAUUACAUUUCAAACUUUAUUUGCUUUGGGGUUUUGUUUCUGUUGUUGUUCAAAUGCAAAAAAAAAAAAAAAGAAAAAA